AUGGUCUCAUAUCCGGGCAUUUCCUCAAUUGAGGAGCGCCCGGUCACUGCGCCUUCUCGUGCGAGGCGACCUGAGGAUUGGUUGGAGGUGAAUGAUCUGGUGAGCAAUGUUUUCGGUGAAGUUGUCAGAUCAAUCCAGACCGAUGCCCAGCACACCAGGUUGCUGCCAAGGCCGCACACGGCAUGUGCUGGUGUGCAAGCUAUCCCCGUCGUUCUUGCUGUCGAUUCGCUGGAUGGCAAUACCGACGACGAAAGCGAUGGGGGCUCUCUAGAUGUGGAACAUGACAGUCAAGAUGUUGUUGGAUUUCAGCAAAAGGUGCGGUCUUCUUCCGAACGAGCCGUGUCAAGCAGAGGAGAAUGGUCGACUCCGCGAAAGGCUUCGUGCAAUGCCGACAGCGAGGUGACUUCCCGGCCGUUAACGUCAGGUGAGUGCCUGCUGCUGGCUGGAAUGAGAGGAUUUGCAGCCACGGCCCGACAGGGCAUACCGUCGAAACCGAGCCACAUCGCAUCUGGCAGUAGCACCACAUCCAGUUCAAGGGCGCAGUUGGGUUCCCUGCCGGCUUCAAUGAGCAUAAAGCUUCCCAGGACGAGCAUCCUCGGAAGUGGAGGCUGUGGACUGGCACCGCGAGCCUCCAGGUUCAGGUCGCACAUUUCCUGGAAAGAUUUCUUGCCUGCGCGAUCGUCAAGAAUUCCAGGUCGUUCGAGCCCUCGGCGAAGCACAGUGCAGACGGUAAGGUCUUCGUGUGGCUACCCGGAAGCCGGGGCAGUCGGCGGGCAAUGCACAGAGGUGAGAGUGGUCGCAGACGUUGGAGUCGGAGAGGAUCGCACCAUCGGCGAGACCGAGCAGCAUCAGCAGACGAAAGGUCCGAAGUACCGCGUUGCUCCUGGUGGCAGCCGACCGGUCGGUGGGCCUGUACGACAAGAGGCUAAGCAGUUCGUCGUCCUGGAGUUCCGCUCAGAACCGUGCAUUGCCCGGCAUCACCAACAGUCGUUGGGGUUGUUCCAGUUGAAUAUAACCCUGAGGCGAGUGGUUCCUUCGCAUCGGAUCCGUGCCAAGACACCGAAGGCCAGCCAAAACAGGGGCAUGCACGCCUCAUGUUCGAAGUCCGGCGAAGGGGGGAAUUCUUUAGCAAAUCCUGUGCUGAACGGCAAGGUCGGCAACCUAGCUGGUGUCCGAACAAGUCAAGGUUAA